GAAAUGGAAGAAAAUGAUGGUUUUGAUUUUUUUGAAGGAGUUCCUUAUGAAAAUUUAUGCUGUUUACAAGAAAAUAAAUUACGGUGUCACCGACAAGCAGGAAACGCUUCAUAUAGUAAAAGAAUACACAAAAUUGUUAUUGAACUGAAAUUACAUUUAGAUAAUGUUGUAUGUUUAGAAUUUGAGUUAUAUAUAUAUAUACUAUUUUUAAUGACAAAUAUUUGAUUAGGCCAAACAUAUCUGCAUUUGUGAUUACCACAAGAAUAUGAUUCAACGUGAAAUCAGAGACAGAAAUCAACGUAAGGCUACGGCAUUACAGGAAAAAGCACCUAAAGUGGAUUUUUCACAGCUGUCAAUCCGCACACUUAACCGUUAUAAAAAAUUUAGAAACAUAGAAACAAAACCGAGUACAAAGAAGUCUCAAAUGAUAGAGGUAAUUUUCUACUAAAAUAAUUAUAAUUUGUAGAAAACUAGUAAUAUUUAUAAAGUAUUUUUAAAUUGAUAUUAUGGAUUUUUAUAAAUAAUUAUAAUUUGUUCAUAAAAUAUUUACUUCUUUGUUAUCUCUCCACCACAUAUUCUUUUUAGUUAUGAUACACUCAACUCGGGUGUAAGCUCAUAUCAGACUAUUAAUAAAAUUAAAAAAAAAACUUGAUUUGUUAGAAAAACCCAUGUUGGUGGCGGAGUUAUAAGAAACAAAAACUCUUUAUUUUAAAUAAUUAUGUAUUUCAAAAUUUUCUUCAACAAUGAAAUUAAUUAAAUAAAUGAUAUUACUCAGAGCUUUGAUUCCAUUUAAAUUAUAUAAUAUUUUAUAUUUAUUUAGGUAUAUAUUUUUUAUUCCCUAAAAGGGUAUUAAAAAAACAUUUUUGUUAAAGUAAUUUAAUAUUAUAUUCAUAAUUUUUAGAUUCAGAAUAUAUCAAAAAAUCUGUUAGUUUUAUGAUUGAAUAUACAAUGGACCAAGGGUCAACAACUAGUUUCUACAUUCUGUGUUUAAAUUCACAUGGUCUAAAACAGGGGUGUCCAACCUUUUGUGAAUACUGGGCCACAUCAUGUAGGUAGAAGUUGUUGUGGGCCACAUACUUUUUUAAAUAAUAAUACAUUCUAAUUUAAUGAUUAAAUUAUAAUCUAUACUACAACAAUACAUUUUUUUUUAUAAUUUUACAUUAGCGAAUAAUAAGCAGAAAUAUUUUUACAAGUAUUGAUAUUUAAUAAUUUAAUUAUAAGUACACAGAAAAAUAUAUUUAUUUAUAAUAAAAAAAGUUUUUGUAACGGUUAGGGACUCAGAAGUAGCUUUUUUAAUAGUGAGUGGCUGAGAAGAAAGACAUGUUUUUAACUCUAAAAUUGUUUGUUUCCGAAAAAAACCUUGAUAGGAAUCCAUUUUGGUUGCAUGUNCCGCUGUCCACUUUUCGUUGAAUAUUCUUCCUUCAUCCGUUACUUUUCUUUUCUUAUUGGACGACAUUUCGCUAUUUGAUUAUUAGUUUAUUAUACAAAUCAAAUUAUUAGGUAUUUUAUUUUUUGAUAAAUGACACAGAAUAUUGGUAUCGGAGCCAAUAAAGAUAAAACACUAAUAAUGUUUAUCUUUAGGUCCGAUGCACAUGUCCGUAUGUAAUAUAAGAUAACAUAAGAUGCCGCAACGGUAAAAACACGGACGUUAUUUGAUGGUUUAUAUUUUUAAAAUAAAUUUGUUCUCGUAAUAUUAAUAUAUUAUAUAUAAUUAAUUCAUGGUUUUUAAAUUGAAGCAAGGGCCACAUCGAAAUCUACCGCGGGUUGGACACCCCUGGUCUAAAACAUUAAUAAUGCAGUUUUCAUUCACACAAUAACAAAUUAAAUUUUUUUUUUUUAAAUUAGUAUUUAUAAUUAUAUUUAUUUAUUUAUUAAAUAUUAUCUGUUUUAUAAUAAUAGUUUAAGUACAAGUUUAGACAAUUAUAACUGUUUUAAUUUUAAGACUGUAAGAUUUAAAUCAAAAAAUUAAUUUUCAUUUUAAAGGUGUUACUUAAUAUUUUUGAUGAAGUUAGUUUAACUGAUUGUUUUCAUUAAGUCGUUAUUUUUUAUAAAGUUCAUAAUUGAAAAAGAAAAUUGAAUACUAAUUUUAUACUCUGAAACUCUUUACCUCCAAACAUUCUUAUCUUAUUAUUUAUUAUUGGAUUUAUAUUUGACAUUACCACAUUAGUUUUUCUUGAUUUAUGAUUAAAGAAAUACAGAUUAUUCUAAACAGUUUCGUCAUAUAACUUUUUAGGUGGCAAUAAAAAUUGUAUAUGAUACAUUUCUUUACUUCACACACAAGGGUCCUUAAAAAAAGUGUCCAGGGUCUACCAGUUUGUGACCUCAGCAAUACACAAAUAGUUUAUGCAAAGUUAAUAUUUGACUACCCCCAUUGCACAUGAAUCAACUUGUAACAUUCUACAGAGCCUACAUCCUACAUUUUAUUGAGCAGUGGUACUUUAUUUGAACUUUAUUAAAAUUUAAAAUACUUUAAAAAUGUUUAUAUAAAUAUUAUAUAUAUUUAUAUGUUUUUCACGAAAGUGUUCCAAAUUUUGCAUGCAGUACUUUAAAAGAUGAAGAGUUUUCAAAUUUGACUUAACUUAAAAACCUUAGAUAUUAUAAACAGGCUUGUUACAUAUUUUUUCGGUUAAUAAAAAUACUCUAAAUUAUUCCAAUCAUAAUUUAUUUACAAAAAAUUGUUUAAUUCUCAAAAGUUUUCUAUACAAUUUAAAAACUGACAGCAAAUGUCAAUAGAUUCAUUUGAUUUUAGACGAAUUCUGGGUUAUUUUAACUAUAAGGGAAAAAAGACAACUGAUAAUAAUAGACUGAGAAUUAUUUUUUGAUUUUAGUAAUUUAUAGUUGCUUUCAGUGCUUUCUAUUAAUACACAUUUCUAAUAGAUAUGAAAAAAAAUGUUUCAGAUAAUCCAAAAAGAUUUUAAAACAAUACCAGUUCAUGAAAAAUCGGAUCUUGCAUUUUUCAUAUACAAAAUCAAGACAGGUAGUAAUCAAUUGGAUCAAGCAACUUCAAACGAUAAUUCAACUGAUUAAUUCCAACAAUGAUACAUCAUGGUGGUACAAAAUCAUUUACUUAUGAAAUUCAAUAUGAGUACCCUUUCAUUUUUUAAUCUUAGAAUCUUUUUUGGGUCAAUAGCAUACUUAGACUAAUUAGUUCAUCUCUGAUACAUUAUUUUUAGUAUAUUUCUUAAUGAAUGACAAAAAUCGGGAAAAUGUACAAAAUUUAUUAUUUUCAAAUCUUAAAUAUUAUGGC